GCGCGCGCCGCCUCCGCUGUCGCCGCCCGGCCGGCCGCGCGAUGGCGUCGCACCGUCACCGCGUCGUCUCCGGCGUCGAGCUCGCGACGAUCGCGUCGGAGCUGACCGCGACCGUGCGCGUGCGCGCGCUGGACCCCGACCUCGCCGUCGGUCGACGCGCGGCGUUUUGUCGUUGCGGAGAUCUCGACGGCAGCGACGGCGACGACGCGAGCGCGCCGACGACGUCCGUGUCCGCGUCCGCGAUGCGGCUCCCGUCGUCGAUCGUCGACGGCGGCGGCGGCGAGCUCCUCGUCGCCCCUCUCGCGCUGUUCCUCCCGUUCCUCCGACGCGACGCCCGCGGCGGGGCCCCGGGACUCGGACUGGUCGACGACGCGGAGGUGCACGUGAUGCGAGAGGCGACCGUCGACGACGGCGGCUCCGGGGGUGUGUGGGUCCCCGCGAGAGUCGUCGCGUCCGCGGUGCCCCCGGACGCGCGCGACGCGGUGAACGCGCUCGCGAGCGCCGACGGCCUCGGCGCGCUGAAGCGCGGGUGGACCGCGGGAGGCGCGGUGCCGUGGAACGGCGACGGCGGCGGCGGCGGCGGCUUCGACGUCGGCGCCGUCGUCGCGGGGUUCGUCGUUCUCCGCGCGGCGACCGGUCCUCCUUCGCCGUCGCCGUCCCCGGGGAUAUCCCGAGCGUUCGCGCGCGAAUCCCCGCUCCCGCGCGCCGGCGACGCGAUCCUAUCGUGCGGCUCCCCGUUCGGCGUCCUCGCGCCGAGUCACUUCGCGAACGCGGUGACGACAGGAUCCGUGUCGCGGACGUGGCGGCGUCGGACACCCGUCGGACGCCACGUGGCGGACACGUCAGCACCACCGCCGAUCCUGAUGCUGGAUCUCCGCGCGCUCCCCGGGACCGAGGGCGGCGUGGUCUUGGACGCCGGCGGCGGCGUGCUCGGGAUGCUGACGCCGCCGCUCGUGGCGAGAGGAGGCGGCGGCGGCGGAGAGGACGACGCCGUGCCCUUGGCGCUGACGAUCGAUUGCGUCAAGCGCGCGAUGCUGACGAUGGCGUCGUCAUCGUCGUCAUCUUCGUCGUCCACGAAUGAAGAAGACGACGCGCCCCCGAUCGCGGUCGCGUCGACGUCCGCGUCGCCGAGGACGCCGCUCGACGACGCGGCGUCGACGUCCGUCGUCCUUCUCUCGACGGGAAACGGAAACGACGACGCGUCGAAUCCGUCGUGGGCGUCCGGGAUCGUCCUCACCGCCGGCGACGGCGCGCGCGGGCACCCCGCGCUGAUCCUCACGAACGCGCACGUGGUCCACCCGUCCGCGCGCGCCGCCGGCGGCGACGGCCGCGGCCCGCGCGUGCGCUCGCAGCGCGUGUUGGUCCCCGGCGCCGGCGGCGGGUGGCGCGACGCGACGCCCGCGUUCGUCUUCGCCGGCGCGUUGGACGUCGCGGUGCUCGCCGCGACGACGACGGAGGGCGACGAGACGCGGCUGCGCGCGGCGACGUUCGCGGACGACGACGACGCGUGCCGACGCGGAGAGCCGUGCGCGGUGAUAGGGCACGCGCGCGUGGGGCCGCGAGCGGCGGCGGCGGGCGGGUCGUCGGUGUCGGCGUCGGCGUCGGCGUCGGCGGCGGCGUCGGCGUCUCCGGGAGUGGUCUCCGCGGUCGUCCGCCGCGGCGUCGGCGGCGAGCCGGUGAUGCUGACGACGUCCGCGGCGGUGCACAGCGGCGCGUCUGGCGGCCCGGUCGUUCGCGCGGCAGACGGCGUCGUCAUCGGCCUCGUCACGAGCAACGCGCGAAGGGGCGGGAAGGACGGCGACGGCGACGACGUUUUUCCUCGUCUCAAUUUUUCGAUUCCGUCGCGCGCGCUGCGGCGGCUGCGUCUGGCGGCGGAGGCGAGCGGGGGACAGGACGACUGGGAGGUGCACGAGGCCGCGUUCGAGGGGUGUUUGGACGCGUACGACGACGACGAAGUGCGCGCGGUGUGGAAUUUGAGGGAUCCGGGUGGAGGAGGCGAGCGGGUGGCGCGGAGUCGUCUGUGAGUUCGCACGUCACGCAUUUUUUUUGCCAAAAAAAAUCUGAAAACAUCGCUUU